AUGACUAGAGUUAAAAGAGGAUAUAUAGCUCGAAGGCGCAGAAAAAAAAUUCGUUUUUUUGCAUCAAGCUUUCGAGGGGCUCAUUCAAGACUUACUCGAACUAUUGCUCAACAGAAAAUAAGAGCUUUGGUUUCGGCUCAUCGGGAUAGAGAUAGGCAAAAGAGAGAUUUUCGUCGUUUAUGGAUCACUCGAAUAAACGCAGCAAUUCGCGAAAGGGGGGUAUACUAUAAUUAUAGUAAAUUUAUACACGAUCUGUACAAGAGACAGUUGCUUCUUAAUCGUAAAAUACUUGCACAAAUAGCUAUAUUAAAUCCAAAUUGUAUUUAUAUGAUUUAUAAUGAGAUCAUAAAAAAAGAAGAUUGCAAAAAAUACCUCGAAAUUAUUUAA